CUAUGCGUAUCAUUUCAAAUAAUUUUACUUAAAUAUGGGUAGAGACUAUUAUAGAACUCUAGGCAUUUCUAAAAAUGCAACUGAUGAUGAAAUAAAGAAAGCGUAUAGAAAAUUGGCGUUACAGUAUCAUCCAGACAAAAACAAGUCUCCAGAAGCUGAAGAGAAAUUCAAAGAAGUGGCGGAAGCUUAUGAGGUCCUUUCUGAUAAAAAGAAGAGAGACAUAUACGACGCGUACGGGGAGGAAGGACUAAAAGGUGGAUUUCCAGGUACAACUGGGGGUUUUGAUGGUAACACGUUUACUUACACAUUUCAUGGAGAUCCUAGAGCCACAUUUGCUCAGUUUUUUGGAAAUGCAAACCCAUUUGGCGGUAUGUUUGGAUUUCAGGAUAAUAUAACUCGUAGUGAUGAUCCUUUUACUUUUUUUCACAUUGUUUCAAGUAAUUCCAAUAGAGGACAUAGGUCGGGAAGAGAGCAAGAUCCUCCAAUUCAGCAGGAUUUGUACGUAUCAUUGGAAGAUAUAAUGACAGGUUGUACAAAAAACAUGAGAAUUAACAGAAAAGUAAUAAGGAAUGGUAGAUUAGAACGCGAGGAUAAAAUACUUUCUAUUAAUAUAAAACCAGGAUGGAAGGAGGGAACAAAAGUUACUUUUCCACGAGAAGGAGAUCAAAAUACUGGAAAUAUUCCUGCCGAUGUAGUAUUCGUAAUAAGGGAUAAACCGCAUAAGACUUUUAAAAGGGAAGACAGUAAUAUAAAAUACACCGCAAGCAUUAGCCUGAAAGAAGCUUUGACUGGUUGUUCGAUUAAGGUUCCAACACUUUCGGGAGAACAGAUUAACCUUCAAUAUUCAUCGCAAGUUAUUUCCCCAAAGACUGUUAAAAGAUUAAUUGGGAAAGGAUUGCCAUAUCCCAAAGAACCCUCUAGACGUGGUGAUCUAAUCGUUAGUUUUGAUAUUAGUUUUCCAAACAAGCUUUCAGAGAAAUCGAAAAAAACAUUAAACGAGAUUUUGCCUUCAUAAAGUUAAAUAGGUUUAAGUGUAUGAAAUUAUAUAUUGUAUAGUUAAUAAAUAUGAUUAUGUGUUA